AUGGAGAUCCUGUCCUCGGCGACGGGUCCAGCAUCCGUCCAGUCCGUUCCCGUCUUGUCGAAGCAGGGCAGCCUCUCCGACUCCUCCUCGUCGUAUCGCAGCAGUACGGACUCCCUCCCCGACGGGACCCGGCCCCGGGGAGCCCGGGGAGCCCGUGUUCGGCCCCCGGCUCCCCGGGCCGAGGGGGGGCCCCGAACCCAUCUACGCCGAGAGCACCAAGAAGAAGAAUCGCCGGCCGCCGGGAACGCCGGGAACUGGGCCUGGGCUGCAGUCCCCUCCCGGGUCCCCGGACCCGGACCCCGACGGAGCAGUCCGAGCUGGGGACCCGGGGACGGGUCCCGGGAGAGCCCGCGGGCCACCAUCAGCGUCAUGGCGGCCCGCACCGAGGACAACAACAGGACGUUCUACCUGAGCAGCCCCGACUCCGCCGUCAGCACCCGCUGCCGGUUCAGCCCCACGGCCCGCAAGGAGGCGGCCGGCCCGGCCUUCCGCUGGCCCAGCCCCAGCCACAGCGCCCCCUCCCUGCUGAUGGAGGCGUCGCUCUCCCCCACGCUGCAGCAGCCCCAGUCCAGCCCGCCCAUCCCGCCCAAGCGGACCAGCCGCUCCCCAAAGCUGGGCGCCUCCGCCCUCUCCUCGUCCGUGCUGUCGCCCGUCUCGCUGCCCGACCUGCCCGUGUUCUUCUCGUCUCCACCAAAGAGAGCACUUCAAGGCCUAAAUUGCACCCACCUCUACUUCAAGGUCGCCGGGGGCGAUCGGGGCGCGGCGUCGGACCCGUGGGGCAAGCCGGGCCCCCACGGCUCCGGCUGGACCUGCCGCAUCGAGGAAGAGGAGGAGGAGGAGGAGCGGGAGAAGAGGAGGGCGCCCGCCGGCCCUGCCGGGGCAACCCCACCCAGCGGUGCCACCACCGCCUGGAAGGAGGCCAGCAGGGACUGGCGGGGCCGCGGCGCCGCCCCCCCACCCGUGACGGAGCCAGGCACGGCCCCCCCGGCCCCCCCGGCGGGCCCCGACAAUGCUGCCUGUCAGGGGGGAGCGGGCGCAGAGGAGGAGGGCCAGCAGAGCGGGAGCAUGCCGGCCAAGCAACCGCUGCACGGCGGCUCGUCGGAGCUGCCGGUGGCAGGGAAGGGGCCCGCCAACUCUGACCCCAACCCACCGCCCCCCCCGCCCAAGAAACUGCACAGAGGCAGCAGUAAGAUGAGUGGCAGCAACGCAGAGCUGGACCGCUGCAGCCACCACGGCUCGCUGGACAGCUCCACUUCCUCCCUGCGGGGCCUGGGCAGCGCCGGCCUGCCGGCCGCUUCCACCGACAACCUGGCCGUCGACGCUGGUUCCCGGGAUGCGUCGCGGCUGUCCUGUUCGUCUCCGCUCCCCCGGACCCCGGGGGCCUCGGCUCCGGGGUCUCCUCACCCGCCGGCCUUCAGCCCCUCCAGCACCCAGCCGCCGCCCCUCCCGGAGAAGAAGAUGGUCAACCGCACGCUGUCGGCGCCGGACAGCGGGGUCAGGAAACCCUUCGUCCGGGCUUUCCCCCGCCUGCCCUUCACCAGCUCGGAGAGCAACGUCUGCCGCUCCGCCGAGGCCGGGUCCCGGUCCAGCCUGCCCUCCAGCCCCCGUGGACCCGCGGGCCCCCUCUUCUCCUCCAACGAGUCCCUGGAGCGCUGCCACGCCCUGCCGGGUCGGGCGUCGCGGUCGCGGACCCUGGAGGAGCCCCUGAGCCGGGGGCGCCUGGGGGUGCACUCCCGGAGCAGCCUUGCCUGCUCCUCGUCGCCCCAGCUCAGCGCCCCCUUCGCCCCCCAGGAGCCCGGCGCGGCGCUGAACCUGGGCUCCAGCCUGCAGCUGCAGACGCUGCUGAGCAACAUCGACAGCAGGGAGGGCGUCUACUCCAAGCUGGGCGGCCUGUACGCCGAGUCCCUGCGGCGCCUGGCCCUCAAGUGCGAGGACCACUUCACUCGCUCGCAGAGGAACCCGCUCAAGUUUGAGGAGAGCAACUGGUCCCUGUUCCGGCUCACGUCCCACAAGCCCAGCUGCAGCUCGGGGGACGCCGUCUACUACUCUGCGGCCUGCGCCUCGGACCCCUGCAACUCCUACGCUGUGAAGAUAUGCAAGAGUCUGUCGGCGGAGGCCAAGCAGGCUCACCUGUACGGCCUGUCGGUGCAGCAGAGCAUCCCCCCCCACUUCAACCUGCAGCAGGACUGCGGCCACUUCCUGGCCUGCGUCCCCCAGAGCAUGCUGGGAGGAGCCGGCCCCGGCCCCGCCCCCGCGGCGCCGAGCCCGCCGGGGGCGGAGCAGGAGCGGGUGGUUGUCAUCGCGCCGGACAUCCCGCAGCAGACGGCGGCCGACUUCGUGCGGGAGUGGGAGGCGUUUCACAAGGUGCAGCCGGAGGUGUACGAGCGGCGCGUCUGCUUCCUGCUGCUGCAGCUCUGCAACGGCCUGGAGCACCUGAAGGAGCAUGGGGUGACGCACCGCGACCUCUGCCUGGAGAACCUGCUGCUGGUGCCGCACCAGCGCCGCCACAACCCCGCCGACGGCGCCGCCGCCGGAGACUCCCAGCGCCACCUCCCGCGGCUCCUCAUCAGCAACUUCGCCAAGGCCAAGCGCCGCUCGGCGGAGGACGCGUCGUCGGUGGGCGUGAAGCGCGACCACGCCCGGCUGGCGCCGGAGAUCGUCUCGGCGGCGCAGUACCGCAAGUUCGACGAGUUCCAGACCGGCAUCCUGAUCUACGAGCUGCUGCACCAGCCCAACCCGUUCGAGCUGCGGCCGGCGCUGAAGGAGCAGGACUACGAGGCCGCCGACCUGCCGCCGGUGCCGUCGGCCUCGCUCUACUCCGCCGGCCUGCGCCGGCUGGCGCAGCUGCUGCUGCAGCCCGACCCCAUCAAGCGCAUCCACAUCCAGGAGGCCAAGCGGGUGCUGCAGAGCCUGCUGUGGGGGCCGCGCCGCGACCUGAUGGAGCAGCAGUGGGAGCGGCAGGCCCCGGCGCCGGCGCCGGGCCUCUACCACGGCCCCCGGCACGAGGGCCUGCUCAACUGGCUGGACGUGAAGCGGGCGCUGCUCAUGAUGAAGUUCGCCGAGCGCUCGCUGGAGCCGGAGAGGAACGCGGAGCUGGAGGACUGGCUGUGCUGCCAGUACUUCUCCUCGGCUCACCCGCUGUCGCUCUGCCACACGGCCGAGCUGCUCUACUCCCUCAAGGGAUGAUUAAAACUACACAAAAAGGGGGGACCACCUGCACACCGUUUCAGCAUUAUGCAUGAGAGCCAUCCAUGGAACGAGCCGAGCUUUUGCCGUCAUCCAUCUCAAACCGUUAAAACGGAGCGUAACACGAUUAUGGCGUUUUUUUCCACUAGUUCCUACUCAGCCCGGCUCGGCUCGGCUCGGCUCUCCUCCACUCGGUUUGGGUCUUUCCCACUAGGGAAUACUAGGGGAUACUUUUUCUGUAUCUAUUCUGCCGAGGUUCUGAGCGGCUGAGUCGGGCUGUGAUGUCAUCGCACUACAGGACACCGAUUGGUCGGGGAGCUGGGAGUCAGGAUGUGACAUCAGCUGAAGAGAGACUCUGACGGAGCUUCUUGUUCAUUUAAUUCCAGCAGCAACGGCAGCAGAAGUCUGUUUGGUGAUCCAACUCUGAGGUGCAGAUGUUCAUAAACCUGGUGCUGAGGAGAGAAUUAAAAAGGGAUCUAGACGGAGAUAAGGAACGACCAGAUCUACCAGGAGUUCUGUCACUUCAUAGCUGCUCCCAGCUGAGUUUUCAGCAGCGCCGAGACAAACUAGUGCUGGGCGGUAUACCGGUUCUUACCGAAUACCGGUGUUUAUUUUUCUUAUGAUAUGAAUUUUUCA